UUUUAAAUUUGAUAAAAAUAAAAGUGGACACUGGACAGACAGUGGGGUUUUUCAACAGUUGGUUGCAUCAACAGAUUCAGCUAUGAAUACUCGAAGGGAUGUCCGUGGAGGCAGGCCUGCUCUCUUUGAUGACAUUGAAGAUGGUGGAAUUAGGGCCACUUCUUCUUACUCCUCCCAUGAAAUUGAUGAACAUGAGAAUGAGAGAGCAAUGGAUGGACUGCAAGAUAGAGUUCUUAUGCUGAAAAGGUUGACGGGCGAUAUACAUGAAGAAGUGGAGGGUCAUAACCGUAUGUUGGAUAGAAUGGGGAAUGAUAUGGAUUCGUCAAGAGGUAUCCUCUCUGGAACUAUGGAUAAAUUCAAGACGGUAUUUGAGACUAAAUCAAGCCGAAGGAUGUUUUCACUUGUGGCAUCAUUUGUCGUUGGUUUCCUGGUCAUAUACUAUCUUACUAGGUAAUUUGGGUUUUGUAUGAACCCGAAAUUACCACCCUUAAGUGAAAUGUCAGAUGUUUGGAACUUGCAUAGAGGAUGCUCUUACUUGUGGUCAUUCUGUAAAAAGAAAAAAGUCGUGGAAAUAGAGAUUUGUUGUUCUGGGUUUGACAAAUAUGAUAUUAACUUCAUAUGUUUUGUACUUUUGUGUAUUCGGUUAUCAUCUUUUCAUGUUCA